UCAACCAUAGGCUUUUGAUUGGUUGGCGGUGUCCUCAUGUCGCCCAAUCUGAAUCUUUUUGUGUCGCCAUCCCGGAAGUAGCUACAAUUCAACCAAAUUGCAACAUGGCGACACCCAUGCACAGAAUUAUUGCCCGUCGGCAAGCGGAGGCAAAUAAACAACAUGUUCGGUGUCAGAAGUGUUUGGAGUUUGGACACUGGACAUAUGAGUGUACUGGCAAACGAAAAUACCUUCACAGGCCAUCAAGGACAACAGAAAUGAAAAAUAAACUGAAAGAAAAUAAAAAUAAACAGGUCAAUGCUACAGGACCAGGAAAGGAAAGCUCCAAUGAGAAAAAAACUAAGAAGAAAAGGUCAAAGGAUGCAAGUGGUGGUAGUAGUAGCAGCAGCAGUGACUCUGACAGCUCUUCCAGUGACUCAUCGUCUGACAGUAGUGACUCAAGCUCUUCGUCGGACGACAGUGACAGCAGUAGUGACAGUUCUGACAGCUCUAGCUCCUCUUCCUCGAGCAGUUCAAGCAGCUCGGCCUCUGAUUCAUCAGAAGGAAGUGAUUCAGAUAAAGGUCCUCCCAAGAAGAAAAAGAAGAAAUGAAAAAGAUUUAUGUAUUGUGUUCCACCAUGACAUUAACCUGAGCUCCACUCUGACCCUCUAGCUGUUCAGGCGUUGUCUUACGAAGCAUACGGUGUAAAUUGUAAUGAACAAGCAGCAGGUUUGGGUAGGUUAUUUUCUGAAUGUAAUCCGUUAGUUACUAGUUAAUUACCUGUCCAAUUGUAAUCCGUAAUGUGAUCUGAUUAGUUUUGGUUACUUUUGGAUUACUUUCUUAAGAGGCAUUUAAAAAGUGUUCACAAUUCAGGGACCAGACUCGCUCAGGUGGAACAAACUUAAACUUGUGCAUUUUUUUCAAUGCUAAAUUGAAUGUCAUUAGUUAGGUUUCCAUCCAAUUGGCAACAGAUUUUAAUGCCAAUAUUAAAAAAGCUGCAUAAGUAACAUUUCUGCAUUCUCUCAGCAGAAAUGUUUCCAUCAAAUUGACUUUUUGUGGAUAAAAGCCUGUGUGUGGUGACGUAGUGCACAUAAAUAACUCCGAAUAGAAAAUAAGUUAGUUUGAUUUCCGUUGAAUUUUCAACUCGUCUGAUAGUUUUGUCAGAAACAAUAUUGAGUUAUAUAGCGAAUGUGCGCUCUAGACAAGAGCUUGCAGAUAGAGUUCAGGUGUAGCCUAUAUGAUGAGACUAUAAUGGACAAAAAGAGCAAGGUUAUUUUAAUUUGUCAAACGCCAAUCAAACAUCGGUCGUCAUGUCACCAGAAUAACACCCUUGAUAUUUAUUGAAAGGAGCAGCAAGCUCAUCACCUUGUACUUUCACCACCCUGUGAAGUUCAUCACACAUUUAAAAAAAAGUAAUAAUCUGUAGCCUAGUAAACUGCAUGUUUUCCUGAGUCGUAAUGGGAGGACCACACAAAAUAUCAUUGCGUGACUCCAAGUUUACUUAGAUAUAAUGCUUAAUUAAUCAAUAGUUACACAUAAAAGCACAAUUUCUCACACAAUGAAUUUUGCAGACCCAAAAAGACCCCCCUUGUCUAGCGUAUUUAGCUUUGUUGACAUUUUGGAAGUUUAUUGACAAAUUUGCUGUUUACAUGAGCCUGUCGUGACUUUUUUUUUUUGUACUUUACUGGAAACCUGCUUAGUGAGACUAGAAAGGUGUCGACGUCCUUUCAGAAUUUAAAAGUAACCCAAGAAGUAAUCUAUUUUCAAAAGGAUCUGUAAUCUAUUUACAAUGUUUGCUGGUAACGUAACUGAUUGGUUAAAUUGUUUUUAAAUGAAGAUUGCAUUUAACUGACUGCAUGUAAUCCGUUACUCCCCAAACCUGACAGUGAGGAAUUUUGUAUUUACUAGAAUGUGUUCUCUCUCCUGAAUUGCUCCCUUGUACAGUCAGUGUAGAAGUGUGGUCAUAUCUCAACUUCGUUUCAAAUCAGUUUGAUAAUUGGUCUAGAUUUAAAAAUGUGCAUUUUACGUAACCUGCUGUACUUCCUUCUAUUGCUUUUGAGUGACACUUCAAAUGUGCAGUUAUGUAGCUACUGAAAGAUAUGUAAUGCAUAAUUUGGAGGGCCUGCAGCAUUAGAUGCAUUGACCCUUUUCACACUAUCAUGCUUACCAGAACUGUACUGUACUGGCUCAGACAUUUUCUUUUUAUGUUGUUUUUCUCCCAGUACGAUUCCCGAAACAACCAGCCCAGUACAACUUGGAUCUGGUUGUAGUGUGAACCGUGUUAUUGAUUAUUAAAACAUGUUUUACCCCCAGAUGAUUAUAAACAGAAAAAUGUUAUUGACUGUUGAUAAACUGCCAUUUUAGGAAUUUAGCAUGGACUCUCACAGCCAAACGGUGAUCAUGCCAAUGAAUCCCCCUGCCCCCCUGCUAGUUGUGCUUUUGAUUUGUUUGUUACCUAGUGCCACAUCCUUUAAUUAUGUUUGAAUAAAUUGGCAGUUGCAAGUGUCUUCACUUUUCACCAUU